AAGAAUAUUUUCACUUGCCCGCUGAAAAUGUGCAAAGCAGCAAAGCCUUUGCCUAUCGAGCUAGAAUCUCUUGAGAAUGAAAAGAUAAACUCAUUUUUUUAUUCAUUGAGAGGAUGCCUAUCGUUGAUUAGGUUAAGAUGCAAAAUUCCACUGAUGCAAGGCAGAAACUCAUUAGCAGUAAAUGGUACGAAGUCUCAUAUUCAAACCUUGGGCCGGGGAUUUCAGUGCUCAAACAUCAUAUUGAUAUUCAGAAUUCCUUCUUUAAGUGUCCAAAAAGCUAUGUCUAUUGUCUAUCAGGGAAAGAAAAGGAGAAAAGGCAACUAAUUUAAAGUCUCUUGCUUGACAGCACCUCUUUAUUACUAUUUAGCAUCUCUUUAUUGCUUUGUACCCAGGCCAAGUACCAAAUUCUUACUUGUACAUGUAACUAUGGUUUGUAAAAGCUGGUCAAGCAAGCUUUAAGUUAAAGGAGAUAUAUCCCAGAAUUCACUUCCAUAUAUUAAUUUGUAAUGCAUCCCAUACCUUUUCUUUGCAUGCUGCAACAACAAUAUGCAGCAACUCCUAUUUUAUGAUACCUUACCCAAAAUCUACUGCAGAAUUCUUUUCUCAUAAGAGUUUUUUCACUAUCCCUUGUAAGAGAUUUUUUCAGAGAUAUCCAUAUUUACUUUUCAUCUUACAAAACAGUUUCUUCUGGGGUUCAUCGAGAGAGCUAGUUUCCACUGUUGAAGAAAAGAUACAAUGCUUACAAAAUUGCCUGAAGAAGUCACAAAUUUGUGGAACAAAGGGGAGAUUCGAGGAAUGGUUUUUCUUAGUCUCUUACUACAAACCAUCCUCAUCAUAUUUGGUUCUCAGCGAAAGACCAUUGCCAGAAGCUGGAUCAGGAUUCUCGUUUGGUCUGCAUAUCUAUCAGCAGACAUGGUAGCAACUGUUGCAUUGGGUAAUCUAGCCAGGAGCCAAGGAGAUUCAUCAAGUGACGGUUCAAAAAAAGCAAACAAUCCCAUGCAGGCAUUUUGGGCACCUUUUCUACUCCUGCACCUUGGUGGACCAGACACAAUCACUGCAUACUCAAUUGAAGAUAACGAAUUGUGGUUAAGGCAUUUACUUGGUCUUGGAGUCCAAGUCGUAGUGGCUUUUUAUGUCUUCUCAAGGUCUUGGGGUAGCGGUAUCCUCACAUUCAUAGCAAUCCCAAUGUUCAUUGUUGGCAUUAUAAAGUACGCAGAGAGGACUUGGGUGCUCAGUUCUUCAAGCUCUGAGGGCUUGAAAAAGUCAAAUCUCUCAAAAUUUCGGCCUUUUUAUCCAUUAAAGGCAUUAUCAAAAAAACGUGAUCAAGCUCUCGAGGGAAAAUAUCUUCUUCAAGCUUAUACUUUUUUGGGUAUAUCCAUGUUUAUGAUGCAGGAUCUUGUCCCUGGCAUUCCUGCACUAAUAAAAAGCCAGGUGCUGAUUUCCAAAAAUACAGCAGAAGACGCCUUCAAGGUAGUAGAGAUUGAGCUUGGAUUAAUAUAUGAUAUGCUUUACACUAAAGCGCCCCUGAUUUACUCUCGUGCCGGAAUCAUUCUUCGCUCUAUCAGUUUUCUGCUCACAUUUACUGCGCUUAUUUCCUUCCAAAUCCUGAUUGAUAAGCAUGCCUACUCAACUAUCGACAUUACAAUCACGUAUUUAUUGUUUGCGGCCGCUGUUUUUCUCGAGUUUUAUGCUUUUUUAUGCCUUGUUUUCUCUGACUGGACAAUGAUUUGGUUGACUGAUGAAGGAGGGAACGCCCUGAGUAGUGCUCUUUAUUCUCUGAUAAGGAAGUUAACUAGAAGCAAGAGGUGGUCGAGAUCCAUUGCACAGUAUAACCUGAUAAGCUCUUCCAUUGAAAACAGGCCACUUGGAUGUUUGAAAUCGCUGGGAAUCAAUGAAAAGAUGAGGCAGAUUUUUGUGCAUCGGGUGGCUAUGAAUGUUGAUCUAAAACGUUUUAUUUUCAAACAUCUUCAAAAGAAAGCUGAGAAUACGAAGGAAGAUUUUUCUUUAAUUGAUAAGAAUCGCAGAAGUAAAAUAACUGGUCAGAGGGGAGAUGGUGUGCUAGAAAGAGAGGGACUGUUACAGAACUACAUGUGGUGCACGACUGAAGUAGACUUCAGUCGGAGCAUUCUUGUAUGGCAUCUCGCUACAGAGAUUUGUUAUCUUGGUGAUAAAGAUGCAAGUAAUGCCUCCAAAGAAUAUUGUGAAACAAGCAGAUGUCUAUCUGAAUACAUGAUGUAUCUUUUGGUGAUGAGACCAAAUAUGCUCUCUAAAGGAAUCAAUGAUGAGGGAUAUCUAGAUACUUUGCAAGACUUGCAGCGUCUAAAUCCGAACAAAACAAGAGGUGAUGAGGCGAAGAAAGGUGUUGUUGAUGGAAUUUUGCGUUCCGAAUUAUCUCUUGAUGAUAUAACGUUUCAAAGUCUCUGGAAAAUAGCAAAGUCAGUGGUAAUCGGUGGGGAAAAGCUCGCCAGGCAAUUGCGGUCAUUGGAAUCUAAGAAGCGUUGGGAGAUGAUAAAUGAAGUUUGGAUAGAAAUGCUUGCAUAUGCAGCAGCUCAUUGUCCAUGGAAAGAACAUACUCAUCAACUGAGAAGAGGUGGAGAGUUACUCACUCAUGUCUUCCUUCUCAUGCUACAUUUUGGUUUGAGCGAACAGUAUGAAUUCACGCGAUUUGACGGUGACGAAGUUAGUGUAUUGGAGUUUUUUUCAUCGGACGAGAGUCGAAAAUAUAAGUCGGCCGUAGAAAAGUACGCAAAAGGUAUUGUAGACAUGUCAAUGUCAAAACCCGUCGAGGUCUUAUACAGAUAUUUGGCUAAAACUGCAGACACGUCAUUGUCAGGUUCCGAUGAGGAGGAAGAUGAAGAACAUCUCCUGGCGUUAAUUCAGAGAUAAUGCAGGCAUGUUAGUACCGUCCAGUCCCUCUGAAAUGAAUGUGGAAGAACUUAAAAAGAUGGUGGCAACUAAAGAACAAAAGCUCAAGCAUGGAGGACUGGCGCUCUUCCAGGAGGCUCACCAACACAAAAUAACAAUAAUCAAUGGAAUCAGAGUAUUAUUAGCUUUUGUUAAGUUGUGUCCAUAAUUAUUUAAGUGAGUUAACUAAAACAAAUCAUUUUUAUUCAUUAUUUACAUGUGUUCUUCAGACUUAGAUUAAUAAUUUAUUAAUUUCAUAGUU